GAUAAUAUACGUUUCUGUAUAUUUUCCAMGGCCCUUUAACCAAUCCUACUCACAUUUUUUCUAUCACAAUAUCGCCAACUCCAAAAUUCAUCUGGGCAAGAAAAUAUCGUACCGAUGCUGUCUGCGGUUCCGAUCGUUUUUACUCUCAGAACUGAGUGCAUGCAAGGAUUCUUCUGUAUAUCACACCAYAAUAYCAUAAAUCAUCGUGGUGGUCAACACAUCAAACUUGAUAUCAAAAGCCUUACACACAAAACAUWAAGGUGGAAGCAACAAAAUGAAGUUUUCCUUCUCUAUUUUUUCCCUCGUCCUCAUKGGAAGUGCGGUUGACGCCGCCGUCAAGCCCCACCGUGGGGCCGCACUACGCAACGAACACAAAAAGUUCAAGCAGCAACAAGACUUCAUGAGAGCUAUCCAUGCUGACGGAAAGCUCGCUGCUGCUUCGAGAAAGAAGCGCGAAAACGAGAGAAAGCGCAAACUGAUGGACAAACUGAUGGAAAAGGCCGUUACGAAAGCUGAACACGAAAAGCGUCAAAAGCGUCACCUCGACCAAUACAACUCAGAAUACAGCUUCGACGAAUAUGAAUGGAUGAACCCUGUAUACCAGGAGAUGAUCSAAGAUGGAGUCUUCGACCUUACGGCACGCUCCUUCAAGUACUCUGGAUGUGCAGCGAUCAAGGCCUAUGACCCUGAUCGUGCUGCGSAAAACGGCAAUCCCAUGGUUGUUGACACAUACKCUGUCUUCCGACUCUGCCCAGAAGAUUCUUGCAACAAGUAUUCUUUGACCGGGUGUGGAAAGAACUACGGAGAAUACGUGGUCGAGAUGUCCACCUACCUUGAGUUCAUGCUUGAGUUCUACGAGACUCAUUACGGAGCWUACUGCGAUUACUGCUACCCAUGUGACUACAACUACCAAAUCCAGAAGAAGCAAACACAAGGACAGUGCUAUGAGGACAUGGCCCAAGCCGAUUACGCCAUGGAGCAAGAUCAGCAGGCAAUGGCAUGGGAGGACUACUACAAACAGAACUUUGGCGAUAUGUCUCAGUACACCCAAGCGAAGCAGCAAUACCAGCAACAGAUGCAACAGCAGAUGAAUAACKCAUACCAAUCAGGAAAUAACAAUGCUUACAACAAUGCGUACAAUGCCAAYAGUGCCAACGGCUACAACGCCAACAAUGGAGGCAACCGUAAAUUGGAUGGAUACUACAGCAACUUUGCUGGUAAGUACAAAUUGAAAAAAAUCUCGCACGAAGUCUAAUUUCCCAAAUUCCUGGUCUAACAACAUUUUCUCCUUUUCGUUCAUUUAACAGCUUACUCUCAAGAGAACAACAGCAACGACGAUGCUGUGAACAGUGGCAACAACGCCUGGCAAAACGGUGGCCAGGUCAACGGACAAUCUUACUACAACAUGAUGAACCAACAGAUGCAAAUGAACGGCCAAAACCCAACUUAUGGAUACAUURACGAAAACGGAGAGUACGUCGACCUUUGCGAKGCCRACGGUUACACCGACGAAAACGGCAAAGAAUACAACAUCAAUUGCRAUGYUUACCAAAGUAAAAUGAUGAAGUGCAGUGAUGGAAAUCUUUGUGAUUACUGUGAAUACCAAGUUGACCAGMAGUACGAUCCUUGCGAUGAAUACGUGUGYAAGGAUUACUACAACUACUGCUCUGACUUGUACGAGCCRAAUUACAAGCAGAUGUACAACGACGGAAACCAAAACGCCAACAACAAYAACAACGGUCAAUACAACUACCAGCAGGCACAAGAGGCGAAGAGUGAUUUGUACCAGUUCCUCGAGUGCUCUCAGUACGUCGAUGAAUACGGUCAAGAGUUUUAUGUUGGUCCUCACUGUGGAUCUGAUCACUACACCAUUUCCCUUGGUGUUUUCUCCGAUGAAAACUGCGUCAACUACAUGGGAGAAACCAUUUCUCUUUCCAAGGUUCUUGGAUAUGGUUAUGACGAGGAAUCCUUCUUCCAUCUUCCCCACGAAUGCAUUUCUUGUGAUGGAGCACAMCAAUUCGAAGAGGACGAAGAACGCUACCAAGAAAUGUACACCGGACAAGGUUUUUACGGAGARUAUGUCGAAGCUCCCAACUCUGAAUUUGACGAUGUUGUUGGUAUGUGUGCUGCCCUCUUCGAAAGAAGUGCGCAGUGCAACAUUCACAUGACCAACUACGGCAUGAUGUCCAAGUACAUGGAGACCAUUGAUACCGAAUACGAACAACGUUACUGUAACUUCAUCGACAACAUUGUAUACGGAACCUACAACGAGAACGGAGAAAUCAAGUUGAAGGCGGAAGCUUUCGACUUCAACGACUGGCGCAACCCCGAUCAAUACAAGAAGAUGGAAAUGCCUGUUGGACAAGCCGUCGGUUUGGCUCUCAGUGUUUUGCUUGUUGUUGCUCUUUCGGCUUUGGCCUUUGUCACCCAGCGAUCCCUCACCCGAGGUGGUUCCACUCCGUGGAGACCAAGACGCAUGUUCAAGAAGAACAAGGACCUCGAAGGACAAGAAGGAAUCUCCAUGGAUCGCGCCGCGACCAACCCUCCUUUGAUCUAAGAGAGGCAUGCAAUUUUUGACUCUUGAAUAUCGUGAAACCCUUUCAUUUGAAAUUUACUACAAAUAUAUGUAUACAAUGUAAAAAGUUUAAUUAUUCUAUCAACCAUAUCGUACUUACUACCAUCAACUCUCGCGUACGCGACUAGAACACCGAUUUUUUUGUGUAGUGUGUAAUGAAAUAAACGAUGACAC